CAGACUACUUACUGACUUAAUUUUUAUUUAGUGAUCUGUGAUUGAGUUCAGAGUUGAGGACUUGAGGUUUUUUGACUAUUUUUGCGAUGUUUUCUAACCAAAAAAUUACAUAAUCCUUUUCCAGCAUUAAUUAAACAAUUCCACACAUAAAACAUACCAUUACGCCAAGAUGAUAAAGUUUGCCGUAAAAUCUGCUUUACUUGGUUCAGCAGUUUAUUAUACAGUUGAUAAAGGAGUAUGGAAAGACAGUUCAACGACUAGUGAACUAUAUGACGAAUUAGAAAAAGGUGUGUCUCCCUAUGUUGGCGAACUAAAGAAACAGAUUCCCUAUGAGCUUCCACCUCUGCCUUCAAAUGAUAGGCUGUCAUAUUUAUUUAAAUACUAUUGGAACAGUGGUGUAAAGGCUACAUUCAGAUUCCUAGUUGACCUUCCCACACAUGCAUCUGAUGCAGCCAUCAAGACAUACAAUUUUGUAUCUGAAUCACUAGAACCGAAUCAAUCAAGUCCAGAAACAAGUCAAGAUAAUGUGAAAUAAAUUGAAUAAAAUGGAAGCAAUGUAAAACAGCUGUUACAUAAUUUAUUAUUAAAAUGUGAUGUAAUAAGUA